GUAAAACGUUAUUGUGUUCUUUUAAGAUGUUAAAUUAAAUGAUCCGAAUUUAUAUUUUAUUGAAAAUUAUUACGGAUCGAUAUACUUUUACAAACUGCUCUAUAAAAUUAUAAUGAAAUAAAGCUUUCACGAAAAUAAUAUAUUAUCGUAUUUUACUUUUUUUUUUUUUUCAUUUCGCGAAUAAAAUGCUUAAUAAUUAUAAGAAGAAUUAUUUAUUCAACUUGUUACCGCCAAUUCAAAUUUAAAAGUCGUCUAUAUAUAUUAUCAAUUGUCACGUGACCUUGGAUCGAUACGUGUAAUAGACCAAUAAGAAUAUGUCUCCUUUUAAUACAUAAAUUCGUGCGCAAUCGUGAAGCGUGAAAUAACCUAUAUUAGAAUCACGGAAAAUUAUAAAUUAUUUAAUAAAAGAAAAAAAAUAAAAUUAGGUGAAUAAUAUCAAAAUAGAAAAUGCAGGUACGAGAGAACUUAGAGAUUCUAGAGAGUAAGAAAAUGAUGAAGGAUGCACGUGAAGACGAGAUAGAAUUGGAACGGGAAAGGAUCAUGAAGAAAGGCGAUAUCGUACGAUCCAUACGACGUUUAGAUCUAAACCGUUUAGAAAUCGAAGAAAAGGAAAAACUCGUUUCUUCUCAAAAAGCUCGGGAUUUACGAAAUCGACAAAUCGAAAGAUCUUAUAAAUUAGCUCAGGAAUUGGCACGUCUUAAAAAUGAAGAAGCGCGAGAAUUGCGUGAUUUGAAAUGUAAGAAAAAAUUAUUCCGAUCUCCUACGGCUUGUUCUUUUGUUGAUUUACAAUCACGAUUAUUGGAAGAGAAGAUUAAAAAAGAUUCGCAAUCUAUCGAUAUCAUUCGACAAUGGUACUUCGACGACACAUUGGAUAAAAUGCAAUUGGCAAAAUUGGAAGAAAAUAAACUACUUUAUCGUGCCGAUUUGCAGAAUCAAAUUAUUGAAAAACGUCGUAUAUUGCAAGAAUUUGAUGAGGAGAGGCAACGUGAACGUAAGAUAAUCGAACAAAUGAUCGACGUUAUUCACGAAGAAGAUAUUCGUGCUGAGGAACGUAAGAAAGAAAUUCAAACGUGUUUACAAGCUGAAAAAGAAGCUACUUUUGAGGCGAGAAAAGUAUGGAAGGACAUACAAAAGGCUGCGAUUAAUGAGGAAAAUAAAAAAAUUGCUGAGAUCAUUGUUGAGAAAGAAGUUGAACAUAAAAGACAAAUGGAGAAAAAAAAAGACAUUAGUGCAAUGAGAGAAGCGACGACAGAAAAAAUUGCGAGGAAGAUGUUGGAUGAUGAAAUUAAGAUGAAGGAAAAAGAAGCCAUUUGCAAUGAAUUGUAUUUGGAAAAAAAGAAAACAAAAGAAGCUGAAGAAUCUUUAAGAUUAGCUUUGGAAAAGCGAUUACGAGCUAAAAAAAUCUUGGACGAAAUGGUACAAUAUAGAAUUGCCGCAACUGAGAAAAAGAUGAAGGAACAAUAUAUGGAGAUAAAUUUUACACAUAAUCUUUACGAGAAACAAUUAAAACUCGACGAAGAAACUAAACAAAAGCUAGAGGAGAAACGACGAAAGAAUAAUCAAUAUGGUGAAGAUUUGAGGAAAAUUAUAAUAAAUAAUAAAGUUGAAUAUGCAAUGAAAUUAUUGAAGAAACAAAAAGAUAUUCAGGACGAAUGUGCAGAAAAGUCAUAAACAUUAAUUGUAAGAAAAUCUGGAUUAAACGAAAAUCUAUAUUUAUUUUGGGAAUUUAAUAAAAAUAUCCGAAGUUUCGCCCAUUAUUUAUUAGUACAUAGGUAUAUAUAUACAUGUCGCACGGAAAGGCGUCACCUUUACGGCUUUUGUUAUUUGUACAAAGUCCGUGUAAAAAUACAGCAGCCCAAUCUUAUAUAGAUUAAUAGUAUUCGAUAGAUUAUAAACGAAAGCGGUCUUGCCUCGUUUACUCUUUAUCGUUUUCGUCAUCGUCAUCGUCAUCGUCGUCGUUGUCGUCGUCAUCGUCGUUCGUUCUUCAAUGAAAUCGUAUCUAAUCGAAGAAAAUUAUUAUAUUAUUUUAUUUUUAUUUUUUUUCUUAGUUAUACGAGUUAUAACGAUCCUAUUAUCAAAAAAAAACAAAAAAAAGGAUACAAAAAUAAGAGAAUCGAAGAGAAAAGUAAAAAAAAAAAAACGACACGAGGAAGACCGCUCGAACGUUUCGAAUGAUUGAUUCCUAAAAAUUACGAAAGUGUGAUUUUUCAUCGAUUAAUUUCAUUUCUUUCUUUCUUUUUUUGUUUUCUUUUAGUGUCACAAUUAGAGAAAAAAAAAUCAAUCAAUUUCUCGAUUAAUAUAAUACACUGUAUACGAAAGUGUUUUUAAUUACGACGAAUUAGAUCGAGAAGACGAGACAAAAAAAAAUUAAUAAAGAAAUUUCUUCGUCGUUUUAUAAUCAAAAAUUUAUAUCUUUUUUUUUCUUUCUUUCUUUCUUUUUUUUUCGUUUACAGAGGCGUCCUCCACUAAUAACGAUAUGCCACGAGAUAGUAAAUCUACGACGACUGUUACUACGUGAAAUUUCAACACAUUUAUAAAGUCUCUGGGCCUAAUUAUCUCUACUAAAUUCACCGAUUAUUACAAUAAUAAUACGCUCGGCCCCCUAUCGGCGUAUCUCUAACAACACACGCAAAAUUCAACGAAUAAAGCGAAUUUAUACGGGGUCACGUUCGUAUUUAUCUUUCACGUGAAAUAUCACGAAACGAUCCAUCACAACUUUGACUUCCCUGUUUUUUAUUUAUUUCUUUUUUUUUUCUUUUCAAUUUUUUUCAUUCAGUAAGAAAAUUUAAUUUUUCUUACUAAUCCUCUCUUUUCCAUUUUGCCCCAACUCUUUCCGCCGCUCUCUUUCUCAUUCAUUCCUCUUUUUAUUUUCUUUUACAAGAACGUCUUUAAGACGAUUUCCUAGUAUAUUCUUACUCCUAUUAUUAUUAUUAUUAUUAUUAUUAUUAUUAUUAUUAUUAUUAUUAUUAUUAUUAUUAUUAUUAUUAUUAUUUAUUAUUUAUUAUUAUUUAUUAUUUAUUAAUGGUCACUUUUUUGAUCGACGCGCAAGUUAGGCACAACAAGCGGAUCCUUAAAAGUGAAUGGGAGUAUGAUACGUUUUUUUUUUCAUCUUCUCUUCUUCAUUUUUAUUUUAUUUUUUUGCGUUACUGGCCCUCCUAUCGGAGAAAUUCCUAACUGUAAAAAACGACUUAGCACGGAUUGGUCUUAAAAGUAAAAUCACAUAUCCUCGCGGAUUAAAUGAGUGCUCCUGUGUAAUUAGUGUAUGUGUGUAUGUUCGUGCAUUAGCGUGUAUGUGUAUGUGCAGCACUGGUCAUGUAAAAGUAAAAUCACAUUUUUUUUCACGCUUUAUGUAUGUAUGCAUGUAUGUACGUAUAUAUGUAUGUACAAAGUAGCCCGCAUCUGUGUCACACUUAAUAAUCAAUUUGUCUUUCUCUUUCUCUCUUCCUCUCUUUCUCUCUCUCUCUCUCUCUCAUUCUCUCUCACUUUCUUAUUUUUACUUUAGCGAUUACAAUAGGAUAUAUAAGCAUUAUACAGAAUGAUCCAAAAGUUCUUACGUGACACUAAAAAUCAAUUAUUCCCUUUCAAGAUUAGGAUUGUAGUUAGAUUGAUAGUUUAACAAGCUGUAUUUGCAGUUUUACAAUUUGACCAAAAAAAAGAAAAAAGAAUUUGUUCUUUAAAGUCUUUCGAAAAAGAGUAAUUGAUUUUUAAUAUCAUCAAAGGAAAAUUAGAUCUAUUCUAUAUAUCCUCUCGAUCACUCUAAACGAGACAUUCUCUUAUAAACCCGUAUGCACGUGUGUACGUGCGUGCGUGUGUGCAUAUGUGUGUGUGUAUGUGUAUGUAGGUAUGUAUGACUUCUUUUUUUCUUCCCUAUAUAUAUAUAUAAAGUAACGAUCGCGCACAAAUUGCGGCACAAUUUAUGUGCUUUUCUCGAAUAACGAAAACAAAAAACAAUUUGUUAAAUGAAAUGAAUUACAGUUAAAACGUCAGUAAACUUAAGUAUUAACAAACAUUCGAUAUUCGUUCUUCCUCAAUAUAAAUUAAGUUUCUCGUAAAUCAUCCUCCUCCGAUGAAAUAUUUGAAAGCACACGAAAUACAUAUACAUAUAAGUAAUAUAAUUAAAGCAAAAUUAUUAUUAUUUUUUUUUACUUUUAAUAAUUAUUAUUAGCACCCUAAUAAAAUAUGGUAAUAUAUGUCGGUGAGAACGAAUGAUAUCAUAUUUGAUUGUAAAUUUUUUUCUAGCUAAUAAGUUUUAACUUCAAUACAUCUGAUAUGUAUAUAUAUAUAUAUAUAUAUAUAUAUAUAUAUAUAUAUAUAUAUAUAUAUAUAUAUAUAUAUAUAUAUAUAUAUAUAUAUAUAUAUAUAUAUAUAUAUAUAUUGUAUGUGUUUUUAUAAAAAUGGAAGUCACUGGACUGAAUAAAACGAGUUUGCUAAACGUAGAUAUAGUUUAUAGAAUAAUAUGUAUAUCUCGAUAUGUAAAAGCAAUGAUCGUCCCAAAUUUUCUAUAUACCUUUCACUUACUCGGUAUAAAAAAAGUUUGAUACAAAACUUAGACCGAGCAAACAUAAAAAAUGUUUAAGGUUUAUCUCGAAUUUUGAGACAAUCUGACAAUUGGAACGAGAACGAGCAAAUCAUCAUCAUCAUCAUCGGCGCAAAGCUAUUGUUCGAAGUUAUCAGAUAUUUCGCUGAUUAAUAGGAACCAUUAGGAAAACUCCAUCGAAACAACUACUUAGGCAGUUUGAGGAUAGUUCGAUAGAAAAUCGAUAGAAAAUGCUUUCGAAUAGGAAACAGUCUUGGACAGUCACAGUCGCUGUUGUAAAAAAAGAAAAUAAAAAAAAAUAAAAAAAUAAAAAAAAAUAAAAAAAAAAAGAAGGAAAAGAAAUUACGAGCAAAAAAGAAAUAAAGAAAAAAAAAGAUAAACAAAGAAUUAUUAUUAUUAUUAUCAUUAUUAUAAUAAUUCCCCUAUUUUUUUCUUCUUUUAAUCAUGACAAUCGCGAUAGUUUAUCGGUAGUAUCGAAAAGUGUUUACGUUAUCGACGAUAUAAAAAUGAAUACGUAGCAAAUUACACGUCAUUUUCAUUUCUUUUUUCUUUUAAUUUUUUUUUUUUUUUUUUUUUUUUUUUUUUUUUUUUUUUUUUAAGAGGAAAGGUUUAUCUUUUGUCUUUAUAGGCAACGCUUCAUUUCGUAUAUAAACGAAUAUUAUAUAAUGGAGAAAUUUAUAUAUGCGCUCUCUCUCUCUCUCUCUCUCUCUCUCUCUCUCUCUUUCUCUCUCUUUCUUUCUUUUCAUAAAAUACAAACUGCAAAUAAACGAACACUCUGGCAUAGUUUUACAACUUCUCCUCUUCUUUUUUGCUUCUUUGUUUUUGUUUAUAACUUUUUUUUCCUUUCUUCUUCUUCUUCUUCUUCUUUAUUUUCUCUUUUCUUAAUCAUUCAACUCCAUCGAUAUAUAUUUCUUCUAGUCUUUUUAAAGGUAGAUUUGGCCCCUUUUUAUAAAAGAAGAAAUCUUUUCUUGGCUUGGUGUUUAAUACUGAUAAUGAAAUUAAACACCAGUAUGUAUGUAAAUAGAUAGUAAGUAAAUAAGUAAUAGGAUCGCUAAAUUUUCUAAAAAAAAAAGAAAAAAAAUAUAAAGAAUGAACAAAUAAAAAAAAUAAUAAUAAUAAAAAAAAAAAAGAAUUAUCGCAUUUCUUUCACCCACGUUCACAUUAUUAUAUAAAUCUUGUUAUACACUUUUAACACGUCCCUUAAAUAUCCAUUUAAUGGACAGCCACACUCGAUUGUUCUUUCUCAACUUAAACCUAACUCGGAAGACAAGAGGAGAGAAAAGAAAUAGAAAAGAAAAAAAAAUAAAAAAGAAA